CCUUGCGAGGGUGCUGCAGCGGCAGAUCUUCGCGGUUCCAGCCCGUCUGGUCAUGUGACGUGACGGUUCUGGGCAAGGCCACAGAACAAGCAGCCCGAGGUUAUCGGCGCUAGUCAAUGGCUUCUCGCAUCGCUUCGGAACGGCUCUUAGGUGGGACGAGGCAUGGAAGGGGCGCGCCUAUGGCUUGUGGUGGCAGCCGUGCUGGGAAUGGGGUCGAAGAGCAUGGGUUUAAUAUGUCUGGAACACCCACAAAAUGUUACCAUCAGUGUUAUUAAUGCAAAUAUUACACUGAAAUGGGACUGGGAUAAUCCAUGUGGCCUCAAUGUAACAUUUUCAGUACAAUACCACACACACUCUGCAAUCUGGGCAGCUGUUCCUCAAUGUCAGAAUAUAAUUGUCACAGAAUGUGAUCUCUCAUCAACAAUUCAAGAUUAUUAUUCAUCUUAUAAUGUGGCUAUAAGAGUGAAUACUCUGAAAAAUCACUCUCCUUAUGCCUUUUUAGAAUUUACUCCUUAUGUAAAAGCUAAAGUGGGUCCUCCAGGAGUUUGGUUUGAAACAAUAUAUGGAGAUGUAAAAAUCAAUAUUUUGCAUCCUGAGGCAGAUCAACAAAAAAUGUGGAAGCAAGACUCAUUAGAAUAUCAGUUAACUAUCUGGAAAAAUGGAACCCAUUCUGAGGAAAAAACACAAUCGAUUUUCCCAGGUGAAAUCAUUUAUGAUCUUAAACCAGAAACUACUUACUGUUUGAAAGUUAAAGCAGAUACAGGUCAUCACUUUUCUUUUUACAGUCCCGUGCAUUGUAUACAGACUUCUAAAGUUUGGAUUGGACCACCUCGUCCUGAAAAUCUUCAAAUUAAUAGCGUGAAUAUGAAACAUCUCUUAUAUUGGGAUAAUAUAGAUUAUCAUGGAAAUGUGAACUUCAUAGUACAACGUCUUUAUGGAUACAAAGCCCAUCAUUCUCUUGAUAUUUCAAAGGACUGGAAAAAUGUACCUCAAUGUGAAAAUAUCCGAACUAAAUUUUGUAAUCUCCCAUCUUACAUUGGCCCCAAUGGAAUUUACUAUCUCCGUGUGCAGGCAAUACAUAAUCAUAACAAGUCACCUUGGUCUAAAACCUUAGAAUUUAAACCUAUGGAACAAACUGAAAUGGGCCCACCAAAUGUUUCAGUCAAUGCCAGUGAGGAUUCAAUUAAUGUUUUCAUCGCGUCUCCUGGAGAGUCUGAAAACAAUCCAAUGAGUGAUAUAUAUGACCUGACUUACAAUGUUUGGUACUGGACUUCAUCCAUCAAGAAGGAACUCAGACGUAAACCAUCACAGUUUACAAUCUCAAAUCUGAUCUCCUCAACAUUAUAUUGUUUAAAAGUGCAAGCAUUUUCCGAAUUAUAUAAUAAAAGUAGUGCUUUUAGCAAUGUAACUUGCAUAAAAACAGCCAAAGGAGAAUCUUCACAUCUCAUCCCAUUUAUUUCUCUUGGCGUGUUUUUUAUAAUAUGUGUCUUCAUUGUUAUUUUCUGUGCUUGGAGAAAUAUAAACUAUGUAUUCUUCCCAAAAUGUAAACCUCCAAGGGUCAUAGACAUAGAGACCUUUGGAGAAAAGGAUUUGAACAUAUUGUAUUUCCCAACUGCAGAAGAGCAAACAGACAAAUGUAUGGUCAUAAAUUCCAGUGUUGCUCUUCCAUGUACAGUUAACCUGGAUGAUGUCAGAUUCGAUAGAGAGUUGGAACAGAUCAGUCAAGACUCAGGAAACUAUUUUAUUGAUGACAUUAUCAUUUCUGGAGAUAACGACUCCCGUCAAUCCUCAGAACUAAUAACAGUAUAAUGCAAGAUAAUGCAAGCUGGAAACAAGAUGAGGAAAGCAUCAUAAUGAGGAAAACUUGCUAAUUAUAGAAAUAAUCUAUAUUACCAUUAGUCUAUAAAGAACAAAGACCUAUGCCUAAAAGUGGGCCACAAGCUGCCUUUGCGGCCAUGAUUUUGAGCUUUGGGGCCUGCUGCUGGAAGAGCCACAAAUUUGUUUUCUCUUCUUAAAAUGCUAUAGGAAAAAAUGACUUUAUAUGACUGGUGCUGAAAUCAUAUUCCUGUGUUUAUGUAUACAUACAAAAAACACACCUGGGCAUUUCAUUUUUACAGUAUUAAUUGUAGUGGAUUCUAAGUGACUGAUUGUAGGCUGAGCCAGCCUAUAGGAGUUUUCUAAAGUAUUUAAAGAAAAAGUCUACUCAUCGUUUUAAAAGGAAGGAAAGAAGGAAAGAAGAGUGUCUGUGUGUACCAAAUAUAUGCAGUGGUUAUGUUUUCCUUGUGCUGUAUGAUCACAGUACUGUGUGGGACUGCCGUGGAAUAAGCCUUGCUACAAAGCUCAAAGUCUAUUGAGCAGUAAUACCCUGAUGUAUGCCAGUGAGACUUGGACUGUAUAUAGGAGGCAGACUAGGCAAUUGAACCUC